UACCAUUACUCCAGAGAUUUGCCAAUUGUUGCGUUAUUUGGAUUGUCCUUGAAGUGUGUGAGACGACGUCUAGGUUCCCGCCAUCAAUCAUAGUCUUCAUGGCUGCUCUUACUGUGUCCUCUCCAUCUCACGUCGCCUUAUUUCUCUCCAGCUUCAACACUUGGUUACGCUGGCUUUCAUGCUCGAGGUCAAAUUCAUACUUUCAUUGCAAGUGUGCGGCGAAGUAGAGAGCCUGUGCAGUGUGUAUCCGUCCCACUACAUAAAUUGGUCUACUCCAGAUAUGCGAAGCCUGCUUUGCGGUUUUCUCGUUUUGUGAGCCCUGUUCUGGAAGCGGUUCGCGGCAGUUUGCAGCUGAGGGCAAUUUACCGAGGUUCAUAGACUCAUCGUAAAAGUCCGAAAUCUGAGAAUUUGCGUUGCGAAUUAAGGAUAUCAACGUUGCAAGGUGGGUGCUACCUCAUUAAAGAAUGGUAGACGGUCAGGACGAAUCCAGAAGUGAGACUCCGAGAGAAGAGGCUCCAAACUCCACACCUCUUUACCCUCCGGCUGCUUCUACAGUGCCAGACAACGAAGCUGGAGGAGCUCGCCGCAAGCCAGGCAUCAGAAGGGUUCACAAAUGUCAAGAUCUUGCUUUCCUGGCCGUGUUUCUCGUCUUCUGCAUUGGUUUCAUCGUGGAGACUAGUUUCGGGUUCAACAAGGGGAAUCCUCGUCGACUCGUGCACGGAUUAGACUACAAAGGCAAUGUCUGCGGCGAUAAGAAGGCAACCCCAGGAUCUCUGGAAGGACUUGGAGUUCUUUAUUGGGUGAAUCCUUCCCAGUUGUUCCUAGCAGGCGAGAAGGCCACACCAUUUCGGGUCACUAAUGCUAGAGGCAUCUGUGUCAGGGAUUGUCCAGUAGCCGGAAAUGCUACCACGUUGCUUUGGGUCUGUGACUAUCCGGAGGGAUCAAUGCGAAAUAUCUCGAUGGCUCAAUGGGCGAAGCGAAGCUAUAAUUAUUUCGACUUGUUAACUCCCGACCAACAGGCGUCUUCCAAAAGGCUUGAAGGGCCCUGCUAUCCUGUACUAUUUCCAAGUAGUAAUGUAUUCUGGAGGUGUCAGCUGGAGCCCUUUCCAUUGAAUCAGACUAUGCAGCUGUGGACGAGUCUCAAUGGGUCCGCAGUUUCCUCUGGACCUCCUAUUGUUAUAGCGGUCGAUCGUGUUUUGACCACUUCGAUAGCUUCUCUAAAGCGAUAUAUUGCAGACUUGGGAAGGUCGUGGCCUGUGUUGCUUUUAUGUGGAGGCUUUGUCCCUCUUGUUCUCUCCGUGCUAUGGGUUGUUCUCUUAUGCAACUUCCUCCGACCAACGGCGUGGAUCUCUUUAGCACUUCUUAAUGUACUGGCCCUGCUCGUCACUCUAUACUUUUACAUCAAAGUGGGCUGGAUAGGUGCGGAUGCCGUGAAUGCUGUUAUUGGGUUCAAAUCCUCAGACUCUGACAAUUGGGUCUCCUCAAGCGAACGAAGCCACUUAAAAAUAGUCGCAGUAUUCAUCACAUUUGCUCUUAUUUUGACUGUCCUCGUGACGGUUGCUCUACUUCACCGCAUUUCUGCUGCUCUGUCAGUCAUGAAGGUGUCCUUACAAUCCGUGGUUGCGAUUCCCAGUCUGCUCAUCUACCCUCUCAUCCCCUUCUGCAUCCUGGCUAUCUUUCAAAUAUACUGGGUAGCUGCGACGAUGUAUCUUUUUAGUGCAGGGGAAGUCAAGCCCACAAGGUUGUGCUGUGGUUUUAAGUUCCAGCCCAGAAAACACAUAAUCUGGGCGAUUUUAUUCCACUUUUUCAGCCUCUAUUGGGUUACCCAAUUCGUUAUAGCGAGCACCCUCACAACUGCCGCUGGCGCCGUCGCUUCCUACUACUGGGCGAAAGGUGAAACUGCGCUUUGGAACGGAGGCGAGGGAACUAGCUGGAAGGGCAUGGGAUGGCUACCUGUGAUUUCCACAGGGAAACAUGUGACGAAAUUCAACCUCGGGACAAUGGCACUUGGAUCAUUAGUAGUCCCGCCUGUCGAAUUCGCUCAAUUCAUUCUUCAAACGUUGAGGUCAAGACUAAGAUCUGCCGAGAUGACCAUGCCCAAUGGGGCAGUCAUUUCCACGCAUGGAAGGCCUGGUACAUACUGCCUUGGCUGCCUUGACAGGACGCUCACUCAUAUCAAUCGGAACGCUUACAUAGUGACUGCAGUGUCAGGAAAGAAGUUCUGCAAGGCCUCGGAGAGAGCCACGUCGCUGGUAACAAACAACCCAUCUAAAGUGGGCAAUGUGUUCAUAAUCAGCGAUCUCAUAAUUUCACUAUGCAAGCUCUGCGUUAGCUUAGCGUGUGCACUCUUUGCCUUCUCCAUGCUCGACUCACACCGAUACAAGUCUAGUCUAAACCGGGUGUCAUCCCCACUUUUCCCAGUGCUGUUCUGCUGGGGAUUCGCAUACACUACAGCAUCUCUCUUCUUCGCAGUUGCGGAAAUCGCUGUGGACACUGUCCUUCUGUCCUACUGCAUUGACGCUGAAGAAAACAAAGGCACUGCUGUUUUCGCACCAGCCUCGUUAGCGGAGAGUCUCAACACCUUCACCGAGAGCGAGGAAGCCCGGGCGGCCGAGAGGGACUUCCGAAAGAGGCGCAGUUCGUACUAUGAGGAAGACAACGAUCACGACGAUAAUGGCGAGAAGAAGGACCGAUCUGGGGAUACCAGCGACAGCGAUUCAGGCAGCUCCCGAAACACAUGAUCCGAACACAGCCGCAGUUAUGUCACGGUCCACCAUCGUCGAACUCUAGCAACUAAGUUAAAGAACCAGUCGCCGACCCUCCGAUGAUGAACUCCAUGAGUCCUUGGAAACAUGAAGAUACCAGAAGUAUUGGCGAGGAAGGUGCUGCAGGUUGUGAGAGGUAGCUCAUUCUUUUCUCUUCUGUGACGCCUCCAUUUUCCGACCCAUCAAUGCAAAGGCCGAGUUGUUACUGUUCAUUAGCAUCGCAUGGGAGCGAUCAGGACCAUCGAUGAGAUCAGGUUUUCCAAGUCUAGAAAUGUUUUGGUCUCAGAAUAGACGUUUGCUGUCUGUCGGCAUCUCUGCAAGGGAUUCUUAUCCCACAGAUCUAUACCUUACUCUCAAAUCUAGUAGGAUUAGUAUUAUCAUUAUUAUGAAGAUUUUUUGUAAACAGCACGUUUAAUUUGUAAUGGUGAAAAAGCAGAAUUUCCGGUACAAAGCCUUUUUGACCAUC